UGAUAUAAUUUUAUGUCCUCUGUUAGAAUGUUCACUUUUAACUCAUUACGAAUGUCAGGAUUUCUCUGGCGGUCCAAUCUUGUAAGGCCUAAGGAGAUUCUGAUGGCCUUCCAUUUCAUGCACAUCAUUUCGUUUACUGUGUGAAUAUCCUUAAUUGUUUCUCUUUUCGGUUGGUUAUUCGUGUUCGUGUCAUGCUGUUGUUGGUACCAUUGGUAUAUUGGUAAUAACCUGUAGAAUGUGAUGCGCAGUCUUAUGAUUAGACUUUGCCUGUGGAUUAUGUUGUAGGAGCAGAAAAUGUGACACGCAUGCAAUCUGUUAUCUACGAUGAAAAUGCGGAUCAAAUUUUGUAAUGUGUCCAUUAUAACAGCGUCAUAAACUAUGGCGUGCAUAUGUGAUAUGACGUAGUAUAAGAUCGGGAAGACAGCUUCUGUAAAGAAAAGUGUAGUUGGUUAUUCAUGUUUGAAUAUGACAUUGAAAAGAUUUUGUUGUGUUUGAAGCAUUGUAGCCGGUUUGGUAUUUUAAAUACACUGCACCAUGGGACUGUGAUGUUAUCAGUACCAGUAAUUACUGAUGUUAAACGACACUAAAAUAAGGAGAAUCUUCAUCCUACAUUUGCGACAACGUUUGAGGUUUAACGUGAUAACUGUUUAAAUAUGUGUCGCAUAAACGUAUUUGUUACUGCCUUGUGGUUAACAGUAGCCAUAGGUUCAGGAACUCCAGACAUAAUUCGGUUGAGUGAAGAAAGGAGCAACAUUGUACCCAUUGUACUGAAUGGGACGUACGGGAAAGUAUAUCUCGAAGAAGUUAACAAUGCAGUGGAAUACAUAUUUGAGUUUAUGAACUUGCAGGUAUCUCCAACACAACCAGCUCGUAUCAUGGUGGAAUGUAAUAGUUCAAAUAGGACUUACCCUGUGAUGGUUGUUGUUCAACAGCAGAAAGGUGUGCUGUCAUGGCAGUUGCCUCUUGUAGUUGAAUCUAGGACACAUCUCUUUCAGUAUUCUCGCACGUCUCGCACUUUGUGUCCUGACAACAAUUAUUAUUCUCCACAUCACCAGGGUGUUGGAAGGACUAAUGUAGUUACAGUUAGCGUGUCCACUGCCAGUCCAUACAACGUGACCUUUUCACUGUGUGUUGGCCAAGAGGAUAAUUUCUCUGUCAAGUUGUCCGAAGAAAGAACGGUUUAUGUCUCUCCUGCUGAGCCUCAGUAUUAUGACUUCAAGUUUGAAGACAGCGUUGAAACAGUUUUACUGCGAGUUGAUUCUGACGAUGACAUCUGUAUGACUGUUUCCAUCCAGAAUAAGAGUUGUCCUGUGUUUGAUCUGGAGCGGAAUGUCCAGUUUGAGGGUUACUGGCAGACCGUGAACAGACGCGGAGGAAUCACACUUACUAAAACGGCAUUUCCUUUAGGAUUUUACGUGGUAUUUGUGGUGAAAUGUGAUGACUGGGACUGUUCUGGAUCUUACGAAACCGUGAAAGUUGGUCGUAAUAAGUCUCUGAAGUUCUCUAUUAAACCUAGCAUUACACACCACAGCUACAUCAUAUCUACAGUUGUUGCGUUGCUGGUCAUAUCGCUUUUCUACAUCUUCUCAAUUGUGGUGUCGGUGGUGUACUUCAUCAAGCAGCGACGUCAGCAGCUACUGGACAAUGGUCCGUUGGAUGACGCAAGCAUCCAGUCGCCUCAGUCUCCUCUGGGACUGCCGAGCAGCUACGGGCAAAUUCAGACUCCAAGCGCCAGCAGUGAUUUGACAAGUCCGGACUCCGUUAUCCGGUGUCACUCUGACUCAUCGUUAGACGAGACUGACAUUGAUAUGAUGCAGGAUGCUGACAGUGACAAGGAUGUUUUCAGAACAAAAACCUUCUUGACUGUUAUGGACCUGGCACGCAAGAAUCCACGAAUUUUACGCAAGAAGUCGCAGCUGUACCUGUGGAACCUCCUUACUGUUGCCGUGUUUUACUCUCUGCCAGUUGUUCAACUUGUAAUCACUUACCAGCAGGUUCUGAACCAGACCGGAAACCAGGAUCUUUGCUACUACAACUUCUUGUGCGCACAUCCGCUUGGGCUCCUCAGUGACUUCAACCAUGUAUACUCUAACAUCAGUUACAUCCUGUUGGGUCUGUUGUUCAUUUUCCUGACCUACCGCAGGGAUGUCAUGCAUCGGCUGUGUGACGAUAGGCUAGACAAGUACUUUGGGAUCCCACAACAUUAUGGGCUGUUUUAUGCAAUGGGUGCUGCACUUAUUAUGGAGGGUGUGCUCAGUGCAUGCUAUCACGUAUGUCCUAAUCAUUCCAAUUUCCAGUUUGAUACUAGUUUCAUGUAUGUAAUAUCAAUGAUGUGCAUGCUGAAGAUCUACCAGACACGACAUCCCGACAUCAAUGCCAGCGCGUAUGCCACGUUUGGCGUGCUCGCAGUGGUUAUUCUGGUUGGGAUGUGCGGUGUUCUUGGAGGAACAUUGUACUUCUGGAUUGGCUUCACCAUUGUGCAUCUGAUGACGUGUCUCGCUCUCAGUGCUCAGAUAUAUUACAUGGGCCGUUGGAAGCUUGACCUGGGAGUGUUUAGGAGGGUGUUCAUAGUGAUUUACAAUGACCUGAGGGCUGGCCCCUGGCAUUGUAUAAAGCCCGUCUAUCCCAACAGAAUGGUACUGCUUAUAUUAGGAAAUGUGUGCAACUGGGCACUCGCCGUCUUGGGCUUGAUGUACCACUUGAGAGACUUUGCUACAUAUUUGUUGUCCAUCUUUAUGGCAAACCUUUUGCUGUACUGCCUUUUCUACAUUGUUAUGAAGCUGUGUCACCGGGAACGGAUCCUGAUGCAGCCACUGAUAUACAUUCUUCUGUCGUUUGCUUCUUGGGGAGCUGCUCUCUACUUCUUCUUCAACAAGUCAAUAUCAUGGGCGCUAACACCAGCGCAAUCGAAGUCUUACAACCAGCCUUGUGAGGUCUUGGACUUCUUUGACAAACAUGACGUCUGGCACUUCCUAUCAGCUGCUAGCAUGUUCUUUUCAUUUAUGGUUUUAUUAACAUUGGACGAUGACCUAAUUUUCGUUCAUCGGAGUCAGAUACCUGUGUUUUGAAUUCAGUAAAUGGAGUGAUCUUCCUGGUGCUUAUAUUCUGUGAUUACUAAAUUGUACGUAGCUGUUUUUAGUGAGAUGUGGCAAUUUGAAGUGUUGCCAAUUAAUGAAUGUUACUUUUGAAAGUGGAUCAGGAAUUCAGGCUGACUGCGGUACUUUUAUAAUUCAGGUAUUUGAAGUUAAGUUUGUGUAUUGAAAACUAACGUAGUUGAAAGAACGCACGAUUUAUACACGUACAAAACUAUUAAUAGUUGAAACAGAAACAGUUUAAUAGUUAUGUACUGUAACAUGUAUUAAGAAUUUAUUUUAUAUCAUUAUUUUAUUCUUGUUAUUUUGUGUAUGUCAGUAAAUUAAAAUGUUUUGUACAGUGUGUGUGACAUAAACGCAUUUAGGGCUGACCAUGUCUGUCCGUCAGCCUGUGUGUCCUUGUUAUUCGAUUUAGAACUUCUGGAUGGUUUUUUUAUUAAAUUUGGCAUGAGUAUCAUGCCAUUGGUAGCCACCCGAAACUAGUAAUUUUAAAUGUCUUACAGUCUUCAAUACCAACAUAACAAAUGAACGAACAAACUUAUGAGGUGAGUCCUAAUUUGAAAAAUGCAGAACUUUGGUGCAGUAAUUGUUUGUACAGUGUAAGUCUACAAAAUGGUGGCAUUUGAUUCAGUCGUGCUCAUGAGUCUGGCAUGCUACCACAGAAGCACAUGACGCAUUGUGUUAUAUUUCACGGACUUACACUCUAAAAGAAGGAAUUAAGAUUUCAACAUAUAUCAUGGGCUAAUAUUGCAUUUGUCAAGUUUGUAAUAGCUAUAGAAACAAAGUAAUGGCCACCCUGUAUAAAACUGCUUUUCUGUCAACUCUCAGGUUUUGAUGAACAAAUGAAUCAGUAGAAAUGAAAGAAGACACCAUUUAAAACUUUGUUCAUCUAUUUUAGUGAUGAUAAUUGUAUAAAUAUUUAAAAUAUAAUGCAAUUUUCUCCAGUUUCUUUUGUGAAUAAGAUGAACAUUAAAGAUUUCUCUAUGUUUUUACAUUGUGUGUGAUAAUUUUCUGUGCAUAUGCACAGUGUAUGUACGAUAUGGUCCAUCUUACGUCAGCUAGGAGCAUUCAGAAUGCAAAGAAUUCAUGUGAAGAUUGUGCAUUUCAUUACACACUACAACUUUCUAGUGUUGCUUUCUCUGGUGGACCAAGUAAUUUGUUUGGUUGAACUUGCGUAGUAAAUAUAACAAAAUAUUUUCAGG